AUGCCCACUUCACUUUCGGCUCAUGUCCGUGCUCACACUGUGUCACUUCAUUAUCUUCCUACUGAGGUCCAGGUCGCUGAUUUUUUCACUAAGACACAGACACGUGAUCAGCAUCAGUUCAUGUUAUCCAAACUCAAGACGCUUUUUGUAUUUACUGUAGUACGCAAGAUCUUUGAAUUUUCUGCCAUUAAACUUUUUGUACAUAUAUAUAUAUAUAUAUAUAUAUAUAAUCUGCGGCUUAAGAUACACAUUUUAUUUUUUGUACGCAGGGAUGCUUCUCUUGGAGAAGUUAGAGCUAGUUCAGGAGAUCUUACAAGAUUGGUUAGUAAUAAUGAAAGUCUGGACCCUUUGGGCGGUCAAGAUAGAGAAAAGGACUUGAAUUGGAAACCUUUGCCUAAUAAUGGGCCUCGAUUCCAAAGUGGUGUUUUGCGUACUAAUUGCAUUGAUUGUCUGGAUCGUACAAAUGUUGCCCAGUAUGCUUAUGGCUUAGCUGCAUUAGGUCGCCAACUUCAUGCUAUGAGUUUGACAGACAUCCCGAAAUUGAACCAGGAGAGUAGCAUUGCUACAGCUCUCAUGGAAAUGUACCUGAGCAUGGGUGAUGCACUUGCGCAGCAAUAUGGGGGAUCUGCAGCCCACAACACUGUUUUCCCUGAGAGACAAGGCAGAUGGAAAGCUACUACUCAGUCUCGUGAAUUUUUAAAAUCCAUCAAAAGAUACUACAGCAAUACCUACACUGAUGGUGAAAAGCAAGACGCCAUUAAUUUAUUCUUGGGUUACUUCCAACCUCAAGAUGGAAAACCAGCACUUUGGGAACUGGAUUCUGACUAUUAUCUUCAUGUUUUAGGGAUAGGGGAUGAGCCUGUCCCUGAUACUGACCGAAGUUUCAUAGUUGACCCUCUGAAUGUGGUGGGAACCAGAUGUACUCUUUCACCUACCCCAGGUUACAAACAAGAUUUUCAACGUAUGAAGCUGACAUCAUUUGAUGCACUAAUUGACAGAACAUGCAGUUCGAUAAAAAAUGUGAGACUUUGCUGUGAAUCUGAUGUAAAAGUUAGUGGUGCUGGAAAUACUGGAAUGGCACCAGAUGCAGCACUUAUGCUAUUUAUUGCAGUGAAGUACAACUUAAAAAGCCCAAAUUGGUUAUUUGGUCAAAAGAAAAAUAUGAAGAGACUGCUCCUCCCCAAAAAGGUUACAGCAAAUGAAAAUGUUACAGAGUUUCAUCAAGAUGAGUUGACUGCUGGAAGACUUGUUGACAUGAAUUGGAUUUCUUCUGUUGGUGAUGAAUAUCAGGAGGAUUACCAGAGGUAUCUUACAAUGUCAUCAGCUGAAGCUGAUAGAUGGUAUGGUGGAACACUAAUUUAUGAUCAGGAUGAAAGCAGUGAAGCUUUCAAGCAUUAUGCCGAGCUUUGCCAGGGCCCUGCUAUGGAACCCUUUGACCAUGACCCUGCAAAAGAGAAACACUAUGCGGAUGCUUUGUCUAUGGGGUUGGGCAAUAUGGGUGAUGAUGCACUUGUAGAGGCCGAGAUGGAAGCGGCCCUUAGAGAUUUUGAUGAUGUUGGUGCUGAUCUUGGAAUCAGUUGCUCGGCCACAGCCUUUGUGAACAAUUCAAUUUUGUCAUCAAGGUGGACCCUUGGCAAAGAGAAGGUGUCUGUAAUUAGUGCAUCUUAUGCAAGGAUUUGAAGUUGAAGGGCAAGAAAACAAGACUUAUUGGAUGAGAAGCAAUUUAUGGCCUAAAGCAUGGCUUGGCAUGAGAGAGGAUAGGUAGACAUUUUAGUGUGUGGAUUUUAUAGACAGUGAGGUAGCCUACUCUAUAUGUCAAAACCGAAGUUGUAAUUGAAAUAUUUAAGCCUAUUUUAUAGCCAAUGACCUCUUGAUCUAUUGACAUUGGAUCCUUUGUGUAGUAUGAUUGUGUUCCGGUGAGA